ACCAAACAACCCGAAAAAUAAUUAGAGACUCGUGAAACGAAGGAAAUCAAAAUCCGAAUUUCGAACCAGAAAAACAAAAGAAAAAGAAAACAAGGGGAAAAUGGAAGCAGCGAUGGGACUGAUGCGUCGGAUGCCUCCCAAGCACACUGAGACGGCUCUCUCCGCCCUUCUCUCCCUUCUCCCCCAGCACUCCUCCGAUCUCCUCUCUCAAGUCGAUCAGCCUCUCCAGGUUUUGUGCGAUAUGGAAUACGGGAAGGAGUUCAUUUUGUGUGAAUAUAACAGAGAUGCAGACUCUUACAGAUCACCUUGGUCAAACAAAUAUCAUCCGCUGCUAGAAGACGGCAGCCUCCCAUCUUUAGGGUUGAGGAAACUUGAAGUUGAAGCAAACGACAUCUUUGCCGUAUAUCGUGACCAGUGAGGUCCUUUACUUACCUCGUUCUUCUGUUAUUCUUUGCAUUGGUUUUGGUUGAACAGUAUAAAACACUUCCAAAAUGGUUUUGGUUCUGAUAAUAGACUGAUUACGCAUCCUUCGCAGAAUCAAACUGGCAUAAUUCUAGAUUUUCGAUGAGUGAAUGACUGAAAGAAAAAUUUUGUAUUUUGGUGAAUUUGGUUGAAUGAACUUGGGAUUUGAUUUGAA